GAGACAUUUUCCCACCAUUAAUUCGCUCUUACUUUUUGACAAAAAAGAACCAUACAAUUGUUACACCAUAUCAAGCACUGCAAUGGGCUUUGAACUUCAUACUCUUUUAAAUACCGCUUCGUCAGAUAAAUACUCAAGUUCGCCCAGAAGUUGAUAAUAACGAAAGCACUUUUUUUCUACACCGUUACGUUGUUACACAUAUUAAUAUUCAUUCCAGUCUUCAGCCUUUCAACGUCGUCGACCAGAUCUGCCAAUCAUCGACUGCAAUUCCUUCCCUUCAUAUCUCUACAGUUUAAUUUCUCCUGGAUCCAUUUCAUAAAUACCAGAAUAUUCAGAACAGUCAUCACCAUGCAGAUCUCACCACCCCGUAACGCCCACGCUUUCUCCAAUAAGCGAAUGCUCAACUCAACUCCCUAUCCGAAUUACGCCUCUUCUCGACCACGACAAGCAUCUUCGUCCUCGUCCCUUCGUAUACCUAUGGCUGCUACACACCGUAACGCUCGAGAACGGGCUCCCAUUCGUCAGGUUCAACAACCAGAAUCGGAAGUUAGUAUUAUUGUCACGACGUGGGAUGAUGAGGGGAAGUGUUGGUAUCCGGUCGAGGCCUAUGGUCCUAUCGGGGAACACUUGAACAAAUUUAUUGAAGCCAGAAGAAGGGCUAAGCAGAUGAGUGAGAGGAGAGACUCGGAGUAAAUAGGGAGGAUGGAUCUUCAUACCAAGUGUUGGAAAAGAGGAUGGAGUUUCUGCGGAUGUUUUCCCCAUCCUUUGGGUGUCUCUUUGGAGUUUUAUGACAUGAUGAUGAUGAUUUUCCUUUGGGGUUAUGGUAUCAGGGGGUGUCGAUAAAAGAUUGCGUCAAAAUGGUAGAUGGCACAUGCAAUAUGGUUGGUCACUGGCAACAAGGACAACUGAACUGAACGGGUAUGGGGAUAAUAGAAGGGGUAUCGGAGUUCAUUUUGGGCAUUUCUAUACUACAGUAGCUAGUAAUUCCAUCUUCUAAAUGAGUCGCA